AUGGGAAAGAAAAUAUCAAAAAGAAGUGCACAGCUCAUAGAGCUUAUCAAAGGCAUUGAAAGCCUGCGCCUCGACCCCAAAUAUAGCGACUUUACCAUUGUGUGUGGAGACGACGAAUACGCCGUGCACAAGUGCAUAGUCUGCCCGAGGUCGGAUUUCUUCGCCAAAGCCUGCGACAGUGGAUUUGAGGUGAGAUGCAUUUAUUGGCAUGGCGGAACAAGACCCAAGAGGUUCACACCGGCUAACGAAACGCAGGAAUCGUUUACAAACAGGAUCGUAUUAUAUGAAAAGCCGGAUAUAGUCGAGGGGAUGAUUGAUUAUCUCUACACUCUGGACUACCAGGUGAAACCUCACCCACCCGAAACAGGCAUCUCUCGACAAUCAGACGGAGAAAGGUCCCAAUAUAGCCCGAAAAAGCCCAAUGGCACAGAUGAAGAUGCAGCGACCGCAUGCAAUAUCCUGUCAGCCCAUAUCCUGAUGUACUCGCUCGCAGACCGAAUGUUCAUCCAUGGGCUCAAGGCUCUCUCAAAGGACAAGGUCAAAAAGGAGCUGGCCCGGCGGCUGGACUCGAUCACGUUCCCACAUGCCAUCUUUGAGAUAUACAGCACAACACCCGCAAGCGACCGAGGUCUACGGGACCUGGUAGUGAAAAUGACCAUGGACAACCUUGUAAGCCUGAGAUCUGGAGCGAAAACCAUGGACCCCGCGGAGGAGAAAACCGGAGAAGAAUCAGAACCUGUGCCCCUUCCAGACUCCUUGGUGAAAUCAGUCCCACAAUUUUCGUCUGAUUUGGCUGUGGCAAUGAUGGACAGAACGGUUACCGACUGGAAUUGUCAUGGAAUGUGUAAGCCAAACUGGGUUCAGCAGGAUACUCACCAUGGUACUCAAUCCGAGGUUAGCCCUGAAGCAAACAAAUGA